GAGCUCCACCUAUUAAUUAAUGAGUGCAGAACCUACUUCUCCUUCUUCUCCUUCUCCUCCUUCUCCAGUCUUUACUCUCCGUCCAAGAGCAGGAGAAAUAACAUCAGUACGGCAUGCAACCAUUGACUUGAAAGAAUCAGUCCUGAUUGGUACAUCUACUGGAUCCAUAAGUUUGUGGGAUAUUGAAACAAAGAGAGAGUUUUGGACGCAUUCCUGUGAUCAAAGUGUACUUACAUUUCAAGCAGUUUCUUCUUUGGAUGCAAAACCACAAGAUUUAAUUUCUCUCUGUAGACAAGGAAGUGUUAGACUUUGGGAUGUUGAAACCGAAAAAGAAAAGAUCUCGUUCAAAGUUCCAGAUCCUGGUUUUUGCAACUUGAUUCCAUUAAGCUGGAAUGGAAACAGCUUUGCUGUAGCUGAUAGAGAAUAUGGACAGGUUAAUGUUUGUAAUACUUUGGAUGGAAAGAUCCUGUCAAAUCUAAAAGUAGAAGAACCAAAAUCAAGAGGGAUGAUCAUGUGCCUAAGAUGUGGAAAGGAUCAGCUAGUCCUUGGAGGAUGUGAAGAUGGUAGUUUAGUAGUGUGGGAUGGUAGAAGACCUGAUAGAGAACUAAGUAUUGUUAAACUCUUCACAGAAUCAGUGAUGUGUCUGGAUUAUCAUAUUGACAGCAAUCAUGGGGUUGCUGGAUCACCUCUAAAAACACUAGAGACAUUUAACUUUACACAGCAAUGUUUAGUGGAGAAGAAGUACAGUACUGAGAUUAGGAAUAGUGGAGUUGCUUCGGUAGCCAUUAGAGGUGAUGGCCGUAUAAUGGCAUCUGGAGGAUGGGAUUACAGGAUAAGAGUCUUUGGCUGCAAGAAAGGGAAGCCACUAGCAGUACUGGACUAUCAUUCUGGAACAAUGCAAUCAAUAGCAUUUACCAGUUCCUCACUGGCUCAUUACAGCAAUCUAAUGAUCAGUGGGUCUAAAGAUAGGAGAGUCAGCUUGUGGAAACUGUAUUAAUGCACUUAUAUUAUAAUCAUGUCAUGUUUUAUCAUUGGAAUUGCUACUUGUCAACUGUUCGAUAAAAUGACCAUAACUUUAUAAAA